AUGGCCGAGUGUCACGCCCAGAAUAAAGCCAAGCUCAUCAGUGAGACCCGGCGGAGGUUCGAAGCCGAGUAUGUGACAGAUAAGCCAGAUAAAUAUGAUCCACGUGAUGUUGAAAGGCUACAACAAGAUGAUAACUGGGUUGAAAGCUACUUAUUUUGGAGACAUGAUGUUGUAGAUGAAACAUUGAAGAUGCUUGAUGAGAGUUUUCAGUGGAGGAAAGAAAUGGCUGUCAAUGAUCUUACUGAAUCCUCUAUUCCCAGAUGGCUAUUGGAAAUUGGUGGUAUUUAUCUCCAUGGUUAUGACAAAGAAGGCAACAAGCUGUUAUGGAUCAGGGUGAAGUAUCAUAUAAAAGAUCAUAAAACCAUACUGGACAAAAAGAAGCUUAUCACAUUCUGGUUGGAACGUUACGCUAAAAGAGAAAAUGGGAAACCUAUCACAGUGAUGUUCGACCUGUCAGAAACUGGAAUCAACAGCAUAGACAUGGAUUUUGUACGCUUUAUCAUCAACUGCUUUAAGGUUUAUUACCCUAAAUACCUCUCAAAAAUAGUGAUCUUUGAUAUGCCUUGGAUAAUGAAUGCUGCUUUCAAAAUUGUGAAAUCCUGGCUUGGUCCAGAAGCAGUGAGUUUGUUGAAGUUUACAAGUAAAAAUGAAGUCCAGGAAUAUGUCAGCGUAGAAUACCUGCCUCCCCACAUGGGUGGAACGGACCCUUUCAAGUACAGCUACCCCCCGCUCGUGGACGACGACUUCCAGACGCCCUUGUGCGAAAACGGGCCUGUCGCCAGUGAGGAUGAAGCUUCGAGCAAGGAAGACAUGGAGAGCGAUGGCAAAGAAACCCUGGAACCAGUGUUUAAUGAAGAACAAACAGCUCUUCUGAAAAAGAGUGGCCUAAGCGAACCUACUUCCAAAGCAGAAGAAAAUGAAAAAGUUGAUUCCAAGACAAAAGCUUUCAAGAAACCGCUGAGUGUGUUUAAAGGGCCCUUAUUACACAUCAGCCCAGCGGAAGAACUGUAUUUUGGAAGUACAGAAUCUGGAGAGAAGAAAACUUUAAUAGUGCUGACAAAUGUAACUAAAAACAUAGUGGCGUUUAAGGUGAGAACAACUGCUCCAGAGAAAUACAGAGUCAAGCCUAGCAACAGCAGCUGUGACCCUGGUGCAUCAAUUGAUAUAGUUGUGUCUCCCCACGGGGGCUUUGCUGUCUCUGCCCAAGACCGGUUUCUGAUAAUGGCUGCGGAAAUGGAACAGGCCUCUGGCACAGGCCCAGCAGAGUUGACUCAGUUCUGGAAAGAAGUUCCCAAAAACAAAGUGAUGGAGCACAGGUUAAGAUGCCAUAUUGUUGAGAGCAGUAAACCAACCACUCUUACAUUAAAAGACGGUGCUUUUAACAUGUCAGAUAAAGCCAGUGAAGAUAUGUGUCUACAACUCAAUCGUUUACUAGAAAGCAAUAGAAAGCUUGAAGACCAAGUUCAGCGCUGUAUCUGGUUCCAGCAGCUGCUGCUUUCCUUAACAGCGCUCUUGCUUGCUUUUGUCAUCUCUUUCUUCUAUUUGUUGUACAGCUAAAGAAGUGCUGCUUGGUAGGAAACAUGACUCUUUCGUCCAUUAGCUGGAAAAAGCAGGACCCAGAACUUCUCCACCAUGCUACUAACAGUGUCACACAUCUGUGCUUCCUGAAAGGAAAUGUGCAACAUUUAAAGCGGAACAGAUACAUGUCUUGAAAGUUAUCUGUUAGAAUAAAGAAACACUUAAGAAAUUGAUAAGAGUAUAGCUGGUUAGUAAAAUAAUUAAAUGCAUAUCUGCUGUGUAAAUUAAUACUUUAGAUAUAACUUAUUUUUUCUUUGGAUUUGAAUACUUUUAAAGCUUGAGUUUUAUCAUGUGUAUAUAUUAGCAGAACCGAAAAUUAUAACCUGCUUUGUUGCAGCCAAAAGAAUGUAAUCUGCUUUUUUAUAACAUAAUUAUUAUAGCUGAGCCAACUUAUUAGCUUUUCUAUACUGUGUAUAUAGAACAUGUAUAUUGGGGAAAAACAUACAGAGUAAUUUCUGUAAUCAUGACUGUAAUUUUGAGAGUUGCUUCCAGAUGGUAGUCAAUAUUCUUUUGGAAUGUAAAACUACUUAAUGCCAAGCCACCUUUUGCCUUUCUUAUUUGUCUUCCUUAACAACCUGCCUUCUAUUAAUCUCAGACUUUUUUCUUAAAUAUGUUUGUAUUUUUAGAGAGAGGAAGGGAGAGAGAGAGAGAGAGACAUCAGUGUGAGAG